UAGUUUUUCUUUUUCUCGGCUGCUGUUGUCUAGGUUUCUGAGGUGGUGCGAUCUGGGCUGGGUGGCAUCUUCUCUCACAGAUGCCUCGCCACAACUCAUGAGGUUGCUUCUCUCAUUUAAUCUGGUCUUCUCUCUUUUGGACCUUGGUAGUCCUGCACUUCUAGUAAAGAUUUAAGAUCUAUCUCAGUAUUUCCAGAAGAAAAGAUUAAAGGGGAAUUAUCAAGAACAGCUUCUUUUUUGAAUAGUAAAAAAUAAAAUGGCCACAACCUUGGCUCUUCAGACUGAGUUGAUCCAGGGAGGACUUCUGGCAGUGAAGGUAAAGGAAGAAGAGAAGGACCGUGCCUGUGGGCGAAAAUCUGGCCUGUCAAGAAGUAACCUUCAUACCAGAGAGUUCUUCCGUAGACGCUUCAGGCAGUUCUGUUAUCAGGAGACCACUGGUCCCCGGGAAGCUCUUCAAAGACUCCAGGAGCUCUGCCAUCAGUGGCUGCGGCCUGAGAUGCACAGCAAGGAGCAGAUCCUGGAGCUGCUGGUGCUGGAGCAGUUUCUAACAAUCCUGCCUGAUGACCUGCAGGCCUGGGUGAGAGAGCACCGCCCUAUGAAUGGAGAUGAGGCAGUGGCUGUGCUGGAGGAUUUGGAGAGAGAGCUGGAUGAACCAGGAGAGCAGGUCCCAAGUCAUGCUCAUAAACAGGAAAUAUUUGUAACAGAGAAGGCAACUCAAGGAGCAGCCCAGGAGUCAUCAAGUGGCCAAUUCCAAAUCUUGGAAAAGCAGCUGCAGUGUAACUUACCAGAGGCGUGCCGGGUUCAAGACAUUGAUGGUAAGGCUGGUAACUGGAAUGUGGAGUUAGCUUCCGCAAAAGAAAUUUCUAAAGAAAUGAAAUCUCUCAUAGAAGUACCUGGAAAACUGAACAGUGAUGUUACUAAAGUGUCAGAAUGUAGAGACACCUGUGACCACGAGGGCAAAUUGGAAAAGCAACGGGUAAACUCUUCAAUAGAGAGACCCUAUAUCUGUGGUGAAUGUGGAAAAAGCUUUACCCAGAAUUCUAUCCUUAUCGAGCACCAGAGGACACACACAGGUGAGAAACCCUAUGAAUGUGAUGAGUGCGGGAGGGCCUUUAGCCAGCGAUCAGGCCUGUUCCAGCACCAGAGACUUCACACUGGGGAGAAGCGCUACCAGUGCAGUGUCUGUGGUAAAGCCUUCAGCCAGAAUGCUGGGCUUUUCCAUCACCUCAGAAUCCACACUGGAGAAAAGCCUUAUCAGUGCAAUCAGUGCAGCAAGAAUUUUAGUCGACGUUCUGUCCUCACUAAGCAUCAGAGAAUUCACACUGGAGAGAGACCUUAUGAAUGUGAAGAGUGUGGCAAGAACUUCAUUUACCAUUGCAACCUCAUACAGCAUCGGAAAGUCCACCCUAUCACUGAACUGAGGUAGCUUCUUGGAAUAGGGAAGGCAAAAUUUCCUGAAGUCAUACCACUAAGUAAGGUAGCAAGGGUACUAUUUCUUAUUUUGUCCCUGAGAGAACAAUAACAGUUUAAUCAUUUAACAUAGAAAGUUAUAAGGGAAAGCCAGUGAACAUGCCCUUAUUUUUCUACUGAAAGAAGCAUACUAAUAUCUUAAACACAUCUGUGAAGUUCUCUAUUGACAGUGACAUAUACAGCUUUGCAAUGCUGAAUAUUGCUGUUUGUGUUGGCUUCAUAAUAAUAUAUACUUUAGCUCUAGUGUCAUAUACUUGUAUAAGAAGUUUUCUGGGUAUACUUUAGGAAAACUACUUCAUCCAAAAAUCAUAUGCAGUCUGAGUAUAAAAUAAUUUGAAUCAAUUAACUGAAUAUUUACAAAUUAAUUUUAAAAUAAUAGUAUUAAAAUCUGUAAUCUGCCUUUUAACCUUAUAGAAUGGGGCACACAGAUAUAAAUGCAGAAACAUUUCUCCCUAUAGAUUUUCAAUAACUGGUUUCAUUCAGGAACCAAAGAACCAAAGUAAAAGAGGUACACAUAGAAAAUAUUGGUGUCAUUUUGCAUUUUUUCCUAAUGAACUUUACUGCUAAAAAAAAAGUCAUUGCCUUUCAAUUGAUUUUCAAUGCCUAUUCAGCUUUUCAUCUGUUUUUCUAAGCAUAUAAUUUAACUUUGACUAUGAUUCUUUCCUUUUUCACUUCCUUGUAUUAAAAUUGUUCAAAAACUUGACUAAUUGCUUAUAUCAUGUGGUUUAGUUUACCACAUUGAGUGCUUCUUAUGCCUUUCAGUUUACAGUGAAUCUGUGAGGUACAUCCUAUCAUCAUUUCAAUUUUGUAGCUGAGAAAACUGAAGAGAAGUUUUUGUCACAAGUGUGGAGCUUGAGUUGACUCCAAUGCCAACAUUCUUAUCUCUAAUUCUGUAACCCAGGUUCUGGAAGAGGCAAGUACAUUAUAAUCCAAAAUUCAUUGGUGUGGCAAUUCUGUUUUUAAGUUAAAAAAAAAUUUAAGUUGUAGAUGGACACAAUAUCUUUAUUUGCUUUAUUUUUUUUAAUGGGUGUUAAGGAUUGAACCCAGUGCCUCACACAUGUGAGGCAAGUGCUUAACUACAACCCCAGCCCUAACUUUUGUUUUUAACUCAAGCAGUGUUAUAUUUGACAAAGUUAUAUUUGAUUUUAUCCAAAAAACAUUUAUUAAACACAUCUUACCUGUUAGAUGCGUUAAAAAUGCUUGCUUCUCAUUACUGUUACACAGUUUAUAAUCUGGCAGUUAUUCAUCUAUACAUACAUUUGUAGGUGAAAACUCAAUUUUGAAGUUAUUUUUAUCUCAUUCAUCUAUACUUCCAGCCUCAUUAAAAGUUCUAAGGGGCCACUUUUAACUACAAUUAAAAACUGCCAAUUUCUUGGAUUCUCAAGAGCAUAAAAGCCUGGUUGAGAGCACUAUCUUCAGUUUCUUUUCUUAUUUGGAAAUCUGGAUAAUUCAUCCUAGUAAGAACAAUAGGCCCCAUUCUAAUCUCAUCCUAAUAUAUCCUCCUCCUAAUCUCCAGCACCUGUGAGUAUGUUAAGUGGAAAAAGAGACUUAGUAAAUGUAACUGAGUAUCUUGAAAUAGCAAAGUUUAUUCUAGAAUAUUGGUGUAGACAUUGUUUAAUCACAAAGUCUUUACAAAAGGGAAGCAGGAGGUCUGAGCUUGAAGGAGAUGUGACAGUAGAAGCUGAGGUCAGAGUGGGUCCAUUGCUGGAAGGUGAUACAAGCCAAGGAGUGGAGUCAAUCUAUAAUAUCUGGAAAAGGCGCUCUCCUAGAAAGCACCUGACAUGUUGAUUGUAUUCCCCUGUAACACCCAUUUUUGGCCUUCCAACUCUGGAACUGUAGUAUAAUAAAUUUGUAUUGCAUUGAACUGGUAGUACUUUGUUACAUCAGCAAUAAAAAUUAAUAGACUCUUUUCAUAAAUAGAAUCCUAUAUUUCUAUGUAAAUGCAAAAUUAUAAGUUCUGAAGAAGAUAAUGUGUUUUAAUAUUCAAAAUCAUCAAGUCAGAAAUUUCCCUAAAUGGUUACUACAAAUUUUUUCAAGGGCAUGCUGAUAUGUUUAUUUCUCAGUAAAGACAGAAGAAGAUAUAAAUAUUACACAGCUGUACAGAGAUGAGGCAGAUCUGAUUCCAGAGUCUGCAUUCUUCACUAUUAUACCAUCUCCCACUUCUAGCAGCCUUGAAAAAGCACUUUCAUGUAUGUUAAAUUUUAAUUCUCAUUGUUUUAAUGUAAAUAGAACAGGUAUUCCAUUUUGCUCAUAGGAAAUUGAGAUAGUUAAAAAGAUAGAUAUGUACAUACAUACCCAAGAGGCAGAAAUUAACAAAUACUAGUACUCUGAACCCCAGUCUUUCUACUGAAUAUAUAUGGACUUUAAUAUCAGAAGUCCUCAGACUUAAAGCAAUUGUUAUCCCCUUCUAGAAUUGUAUUGAGGGAAAGAAAAUUAUCCACAUUUAAAAAUUUUUAUUGUUUUUAGUUGUAGACGGCCACAAUGCCUUUAUGUGGUGCCCAGGAUCAGAGCCAAUGCCUCACAUGUGCCAGGUGAACACUCUACCACUGAGGCACAACCCCAGCCCCACAUUUCUUAUAAGCCCUCAGAAUUCUCAAAAAAUUUAAGAGACAUUUUCAGCAGUUAUUCCAAGUGUUAUUGAUUCACACAUGAACAUGGUAAUUUCCUAACAUAUAUCUACUAUUAAGCCCCAAAUUAUCCAUGCAGGAAAACUUACUCAGAUAUUAACUAUAAUCAUGAGCAGAAUAUUUGUUAACCAUCUUUCUUCAACACAUUUAGACCCUUGUUACUCAAAGAGGUCUGAAGACCAGCAACUCUGGCAUCAACUGAGAAUCUGCAUUUUAACAAGAUCCACAGUUGAUUGUUAUGUACUUUAAAACUUGAGAAAAUUUUGUCUGGGCUGGGAACAAGACUUGGUGGUUUACUGCUUGCUGCCUAGCAUGUGCGAGGCCCUGGGUUCAAUACUCAGUACUGCAAAAAUGAAGAGGGGGCAGAGAGGGAGGGAGGGAGGGAGGGAAGCAUUGGUCUGAUCUUUUUCUCAGGUUCCUUCAAGAAAAAUCUCAAAAGUGUGCUUUAUUUGUUGUUGAUUAAGAUGGAGUCUGAUUCUUUUGCUCAGGCUGUCUGUCCUUGAAUGGCGAAGGCAUUCCUGCACCAGCUUUUUGACAGGGUCACAUGUGGGGGAUGCUGCAGCAAGGCAAGGCGGUACCAUCUGGAAACCGGAACCCAUGGGGAAUAUUAAGUGUUUUGUUUAUGAUACUUAUGAUAUGGAUAACAGGGCAUACAUCAAUCAAUAAUAAAAGUACAUCUUGCCUGAGAUUUCAGGAAAAUUCCCAGAAUGAGACUAAGGAUACAAUUAAGACAUGCCACCCACAGACUCUCCUUUGCCUUACAAAGGAAUUUACAAUGAAAAUGGGAAACACAUAAUUAAUAUUAAUGGCAAAUGGGUUGAGGUGCAGAGUCUUCUCUUUAGUUAAAGAAUACAAAGAUGUAAGACUUGGUGUACUUUGACCAAGGAUCAAAGAAACUCUUUAAGAAAGCAGUUAAAUAGGUCAUAUGAAAAAAGGAAAUUACCUUGGAAAUUAAAAAUAGAAUAAUGUAAAAUUAACAUAGAUAAAGUUUAGAGGCACUUUAAAGUAGUAGGCUUUAAGUAAUAGACUUUCACUAUUUUAAGUGUGUUUUACUGGGACUUUAGUUUAGAAGUAAGAAAGCUUACCAAUAAUCAUAGGUAUGCUUUAAAGUUAAAGGUUAAUAACAAGUCAGGAGACAUACAGUUGAGUUGCGUAGCACCUAGUGAUUGAGGUAAAAAACAUAAAAGCUUAAUUGGCAAAGAUUACAGGAAAAUAUUUUAAACAAUGUACUCAAUAUCUUAGGUAAUCAAAUCAGUUGCUUCUUCUCUCCCUUCUUGCUGCUGAUAAUUUGGAAAACAUUGUAACUCUUGAAAAUUAUGUAAAUUAAAGACGUUUCAGGC